AUGCCGCGCUCCACCAUCAAGUCUCAGGCGUUGGCCGACUUCGUCGCCAAGUGCACCGAGAUCCAAGAUCCUCCACCCGACACCAGAUCCGAGCACUGGAUCAUGUACUUCGAGGGCUCCCUCAACCAUGAUGGAGCCGGCACUGGAGUCCUCUUCAUCGCCCCGAAAGGUGAACAACUCAAGUACGUCCUCCAGUUACUUUUCAAGGCUACCAACAACGCUGCCGAGUAUGAAGCUCUUAUUCACGGUCUCCGAAUCGCCGUCACACUCAGCAUCAAGCGACUGUUGGCGUAUGGCGACUCCAAAGUCGUCAUACAACAAGUCAACAAGGACUGGGAGUGCAUCAAGGAAAAGAUGGAUGCCUACUGCAGGGAGAUCAGGAAGCUCGAAACCAAGUUUUAUGGCCUGGAGUUCCACCAUGUCCCCAGGGAUGACAACGUGGCGGCCGACGCACUGUCCAAGCUUGGAUCCAAGUCGUCCAUCAUACCACCCGGCGUGUUUGUUCAAGCACUCAGCAGCCCUAUGGUCAAGAUGGAAGAGGAACCUCCCACAAAGCCCGACUUGGUCCCGGCCACAGGGUAG